AUGGCACUUGUCCGGGACCCGGCGUUCUGGAAACGCUUCUCUGCCGCUAUGCACCUCGACGAAGAAGCAAAGACGGAAACAGGACCAAAGAAACCUACCAUCUGGACAGAUCAUUGGAUUGAGGCCCAACGCCAGAAAAGAAGGCGGACUUUCAUCUGUGGCAUCUUGAUCUUUCUCAUAGUAGCGAUAAUUGUUGCGGCCAUUGUUGUCGUCAUCUUGUGGCUGAAAUCGAAGAACUGGCUCAAGCCUGAAACAGAAACAGUGCCGAUGUGA